AUGAGUCGGGGUGAAAAUACAUUCUCGUCGCGGGUAAAGCGGGUUAAUUCACAUAUCUGCCCCAGGGGGUUAGGCGCUAGUCAAUAUUUCUGUCCUGAGUUGGUUCCGAGCGGAGUAAAUCAAAUGGCAGUUCAUGAAGCGGACUUGCCAGACGUUGGUGCGCGUCAGGAGCGAUAA